AUGGAGUGUAAGCGCUCAAUGGACUGCACUUGCCCGCAGUGUGCGGCAGCGUCUGCGCAGUUUUCAGUCGAGGACUUGAAGCAAUUUUCGUCUGCGAUUGACUACGGGGAAGAAGAGGGGAACGAUUCCACCUCCCCGUCAGAGCCCCAACCGCCGAUUAAACCCAAGCCCACUCCCAAGCGCAAGCCCAAUCCCCGACCUCGACCUGCUGCCGCUCCAGUUCCAAAAGAAGCGGUUCCCACAGCAGCGCCGCAACCGGCUGUGCCUGUAGUCGCGUCACAGAGCGGAGGUGCCGCUGAUGAUAAUGGCGAAGAUGGACCUCUGGAAGGUCGGCUCGUUUCAAAGAACUGGAAAGAUCGUAAAGCGGCGUAUGAUCAAGUGCUGAGUCUCUAUCAACACGCCAUGUCGGACGAUAGCGACGUAUUUCGCGACUACGCACCCUUUCUCAAGGGCAUGGUGCAAGAUUCCAACGCAUCUUGUCUCGAUGCGGCUCUGGACGCCCUACUGGCAUUUGCCGACGGCUAUGUCAAAGCCUGUGAGCACGCUCCCGAGCUAGCCCCAGGAAUCGUGGCAAAAGGCUUGAGCGGUAGGCCAGGCACUGUAGCUCGGGCAGAGGCAGUGCUGCUCAAAUUCAUGGAGGUGGACACGCCUGAUGUCGUGGCAGCCGUACUGCUGGAGGGGCUUUCUGACAAGAAGCCCAAGGUACCACCCGCCUGUGUUGGCAUCCUCGCCAACGCGAUUCAACUGUUCGGAGCGAGAGCAAUGCCUCUCAAAGAUCUCAAGGCUGCUCUGCCAGGCAUGUUAUCGCACAAGGUAGUGGCCGUGCGUCAACAGGGGCUAGCAUUGGCUGCUGAGAUCAUCAGCUGGUGUGGUGAGCCCAUGCUGGCAUCGGUCACUUCGGAGCUGCGAUCAGCCCAAAAGACUGAUCUGGAUGGCCUUGUAAACGAAAAGGCAACAGGCUCGCCUCGGGUUCCAACACUUUACCUCAGGAAGGACCGGCCAUCGGAGUCGGACGAAGUCGGAGAUGAGUCCAAGGGUCCCGGAGUGGAGGAAGUGUUCGACCCAAGGGAAUUCAUCGAACCGGUUAGGCAUUCUAUUGUCAUCGGUAGAGGACACCGUGAAGAGGCGUCGUGCAUGCCGGCACGUUCAGGUUUGCUACUGGUGCGGANGGGGCUAGCAUUGGCUGCUGAGAUCAUCAGCUGGUGUGGUGAGCCCAUGCUGGCAUCGGUCACUUCGGAGCUGCGAUCAGCCCAAAAGACUGAUCUGGAUGGCCUUGUAAACGAAAAGGCAACAGGCUCGCCUCGGGUUCCAACACUUUACCUCAGGAAGGACCGGCCAUCGGAGUCGGACGAAGUCGGAGAUGAGUCCAAGGGUCCCGGAGUGGAGGAAGUGUUCGACCCAAGGGAAUUCAUCGAACCGGUUGACAUCCUGUCCAAGCUACCCAAGACCGAAUUCAACCAAAAGGUUGCAGCCACGAAGUGGAGCGAGAUCUUGGAGGGCCUCAACAUUGCCAUCGAGAUGAUCGGCGAUGUGCCUAAGCUUACUGCGGGCGACUACGGUGACAUGGUGCAAAAGCUGAAGCGCCUGGGCGAUCAUUCACACGUUCAGGUUGCUUCUACUUCGCACCGGCUUCUUUCUCUCAUGGCGGAGGGACUUGGCCAGGGUUUUCACCCGUAUUUCAGAAGCAUUCUGGGAGCGAUGCUGGUGAAGCUCAAGGACAAGAAAUGCGCAGGCGUUCUUGGAACUUGCCUGGACAGAGUCUACGGGAACCCGCACUCGCUGGACCAAGUGGUGGAUGAGGUAGUGGCCGCCUUGGAUACCAAGAAGGCAAUACACGCGCGCGUGGCAACUCUUCGAUGGAUCUCUCGAUGUGUGGCCAAGAGCAAGCCUGCUGUGGAGAUCGCAACGCUGACGACUCUGGCAAAGGCCACGAUCCGCCUUGUGGAUGAUUCGGACCCCAAGAUUCGAGAAGCCGGGAGCGCUACAGUCGCAGAUAUUGCCAACGCGUCCAGGGGUGCGAAGGGACCUGCCCCUCCAGUGUGGGCGGUCGUGCUGGAGCUACAGACUGCAAAUGCGAGGGCCUUCAAACGGAUUCAAGGCCAGGUUAAGGGAGCAGCCAGCAACACUCCCACACAGCCUGAUAAGGUGCCGUCGGCGCCUCCCCAGGGUCAACGUUCUGCGGGUAAAAGUACUUCGACGGCCGCCGAAAAAUCAGCCGCAGGACCUAAACAUGGAAGUGGCACCAGCUCCAAACCUCCUUCUGUGCGUGCUCGUGCCGCGACACGAGGCACCAGCAAACAACAACCAAAGCCCCGAACAGCACCGAGCUCGUCGGCGGGUCAGCGAAAACCUUCGGCUCCCUCCGCGAAAGAGAGUGACGACGCUGUUGACGACACCGUUUCUAUUACGCUGGAGGAGGCGGUCGACAAACUCGACGGGGCCGGGAUCGAGGGCUGGGGAGAGAGCAUCUUGCCUGGUCUGCGCGGUACAGCCUGGAAAGAAAAGGUGGCCUCUAUCGAGCGCAUCACGCAGGGGGUCCAGUCAGAUCCUGGAAGUCUCCUCACUCCGGUGGUUAUAGUGUUGGCGGCGCACACAAAACAGUUCAAGGACUCCAACUUUAACGUGCUGAAGGCAAGUUUCCUGGGUAUCAUCACUCUGCUGGAAGCUGCUCACGCGGCCGGUGUCGCGAAAGGGAACCAGGCAGUUGUGUCGACGGUGGUCGCACCAGCGGUGGAAAAGCUUGGAGACAGGAAGCUCCAGGAAACGACAUCUUCACUGCUGACAUCCGCUGCCGAGUCCUUCGGGCCUUCUUGGGUUGCUCGCAGGGUGAUGAAGGCCGCGGGACAGGCAAAGGCUCCUCUUGUCCACAGCGAGGCUCUCACGUGGAUCCACGCUUGUGUGAAAGACUUUGGGGCGGCAGUUCUUCCUGCGCCGCACGUCGUGGCGUUUGCUGUGUCAGAACUCGAGCACGUUAACCCCAAGGUGCGGACCUCUGCACUGGAUCUACUGGGAAGUAUGUACCACCGUCUUGGCCCGCCCAUGAAAGCUCUCCUGCCGGAACUACGGGCAGCUCUGCAGUCACAGGUGGAUAGCGUAUUUAGUAAGGUAGGAUAUGAUCCUACAGCUGAUGCGCAAGUGGCACGGAGAGCACCAACCGUCGGUGAUGAAGUGCAGGACCCAGCUGCUGCCGGUGGCGGCCUUCCAAGAAUCGACCUCAGCACAUUGCUUGAGAAGGAUUGCCUUCCUCGCAUGCAGUGCAUCAAGGGGAAGGACGCAUGGAAAGGGCGGAAGGCGGCAAUCGAAGAGGUUGUGCAAGCAUGCGGAAAGUCGGGGAAUCAUCUCGAGGCCAACCGCUUCAUGGUGGAAGUCCUGAAAGCUCUUACUCCGCGACUAGCGGAUUCCCAGUCUAACCUCAAGCCCUUGGCUGCCAGUGCUCUGGCUGAAGUAGCUUCCAGCGUCGGGGCCGAUUCCUCCCCUAAGCUAACCCGCAUCUACGCAGAGCCUCUCUUGGCAUGUGUUGCGGACAACCGCAAGAUGAUGCGGGACGCUGCCAUUGCUGCCCUCGAGAAAGUGACCCUUUCGGGAGGUGCACUACACGUCCCAACCGCAGAAGCUUUGAUCGGUCCCGUGGUUGUAGCGAUGACCAACACAGUGGGGAGAACUGAAUUGCUCACGUGGCUCAAGUCGUUCUUGGCGCAGAUUCCGUCGGGAGAGGGGCCCACUAGUCUAGUGUCACCCUUGCUGGUGUGCAUGCAAGACAAAAGUGCCGGCGCACGCCAGGUAGCGCAAGAAUGUUUGUCCGUGCUCGUCGCUGCUGGCACCGUGCAACCUUCUCGCGUGCGUGCGGGAACUCGGGACUUUCAGCCGGCUGUAAUGCGCCAGCUGAAACCCGCGCUGGAGAAAAUCUUGGAAAACUUAGGAGAUACUGGUUCGGGCGGUGUAGAGGCCGCAGAUGCCGCAGCCCCCUCGGCAGCAACCCAGGCGGCGCCCCUGACAGUUGUGUCGAAGCUAGUUCGCGGUGGGCCUAACACCGGGGGAUCUUCAGGAGCCCAAACCAAACGGCCAUUGCGCUCGACCAUUGCCCAGAAGGUAGAGAGCGCGUCAGAAAGCGAAGGCACACCUUCAUCAUCUGGUGGGCCUCUUCUUUCCACCAGUUCCAAGGGUAAGAGACUCGAAUCAGAGAAGCGCACCCGUUGGUUCGUCUCAUCCGAUGAGCCUCGAGACCAUCAGACCUCGUCACUCAAGGCGCUUUGGUCCCCACUUCUGCGGUCGGAUGCCGUCGACAUCCUGUUUCCCGCUCGGGUCGGGAGCAUGGAAUGCGGAACUCCGGGGGUGGAACUGCUGUCCUGUGCUCUGCGCGAUCAACGCGAGUCGUUCAUGGACCAGCUGGAUAUCAUUUUCAAGUGGAUAUCGCUGCGGCUUUGCGAGAAGGAGAACGUGAAGGCCAUGGGUCAGCUUCUACAGUUCCUGGGAGACACGUUCGAUGCGCUUGUUGCGGCGCAAUACCGGCUGGAGGAUAUGGAGGUUGAUGCUCUCCUCCCCACGUUACUCGACAAAAGUGGACAAGCGAAGGAGCGGUUCCGUGUUGCCAUCCGCGGGCUCUUGACCAAAGUCCCGCUUUUGUGCUCUUAUGCCAAAUACUCCCCGCUGCUUCUCCAAGCGACAGCAUCCAAAAACAGUCGUACCCGUAUCGCCUGCCUCUUGGAGCUGUCACGCUGCAUCGGGGCAGAUGGACCGGCUAGUGCGCUGGGCAAGAAGGGGCUCAAGGAGCUUGCCAAGCAUGUGGACUCCGACCAAGCAGAGGUGCGUUCCGCGGCGUUGGAUGCAGUUGAAGCCUGUUAUCUGGGCCUCGACAAGGACUCUAGUCGUAUUCAUCGCCUCCUGGGCGCUGUCAACGACAAGACGAAGACUCUCAUCGACGAGCGGAUGAAAGCGGCAGACCGAAAGAACAUCAGCAAUGCGCCGUCUGGCAGCCAAGCAAACACGCGGGGCCUCCGGGAAGCUGCGGCUGCUGCACCUGCCAUACCUGACUCAGAACAGAGAGGGCAGCAAGCACGCUUGCCGCCGUCCCCGCCGGAGACCUCACCAGGAGGGGGAGCUGUAGAGAAACCAACACCGCAAGCGCCAGCAUCGACGCCAGCUAGGACCGUGGACACUCAGGAGCGUCCUGGGGAUGACGAUCACCGCGCCAGCCUCGGAGGAUUGGGAACUGAUGCCACCUGGGGCGACGGUUCUUCGGGUGCCCUUUUGAACACCUCCAGCGGGCACGCCGGCAGUGACGACGAGGGACCUUUCCGCUUCGACUGCAAUGCUCUGGAAGUCCAACUAUCGCCGCGUAGCCGGCAGCGAGAAACGAGCAACACCGCUGCUGAUGAGGAGUUCAAUUCUUUGUUGGCAGAGCUCGACGUCGGGCUUCUACAGUGCCGCACGUUGCUCAAUAUAUCUCCUCAAGACCGUUCGGCUGCGGUGGACCAGAUCAAGAACCUGUCCAGCUGGGCGACAGCGCAAGGCCGAAGGACUGAUGGGACAGAUGGGGAGGCCGUCCUGGAACGGCAUCACUCUCGUCUUAUCGAAACCCUCGUACGCUGCCUCCGGCUGUCUUUCACCGGAAGUGCUGCAGUGGCCGAUGGUGAUGCUCAUUACGCUGAGGUUGCAGGUGCAGGCGGAAUUGAUCUAGAGCUGGCGCCCGAGGUGGUAACUGCUCUGGACGACGUGUGCGUGUUGUCACCCCGGUCUUUCGAUGCGCCCUCUUUGGCGGCGCUGCUUGAAGAAGUCUGCCUCUGGCUGGUCGAGCAGCGCAUCGGUCCUCGCGCCCAACACUCCACCUACAAGUCCUGUGAUCCGUACGCGCAGGUGCAGCACAAACUCAACCGUGUGGCGACGGCAUCUGGUUCGGCAAACCCUUUGGUUGCCAUGUCAGCCCUGCUAGAUGUAAUGGCCAACGCCUACGCAAAGAGUGCUGGACGUCAGGAACCCGAACAGGUUUCAGGCAGAGGCAAGCGCUCCCUGGAAACGAAGCUGCUGAAGGUGUACGUCAAGCUGUUGGCGAGACUAUUGCGAGACUCCGAGAAGGACAGCUUCGGCAGAAACGAUGGCGGGUCGAAAGAGCUUGGCCUUCCGCUUGUUCUACGGGCGCUGCACAAGUAUCACCUCGCCGAGAAGCAGCGGGCCGCGGUGAAUCACAGCAACAUGGAAGACCGAACUGCAUUUGACGCCGCGCAACGCUUGGUGUCGAUGUUUUGCGAACGUCUUUGCAGCGCGUUUGGAAGUUCAGCGGUGGUCGGAACCUCCAACGUCAUCAGGGAGGAAGAAGGUUCCGAGAGCGCGGCGAGCGUCGAAGCAUGGGCAACAACUUUGGGUCGAUGCCUGGUCACCAUGAAGGAAAAUACGGCCGACCGCCGGCAUUCGUCCCAAGUCGCUCCGAUCAAGACCGACCACGUGGCAGAGAUUGCACGUCUCAUCGGACUGGUUUCGGCGGAAUCCCAGAACGUCGGUGAUGGCAGCGAUGGCUCAGCUGCGUUGACCGAGCUUAAGGCUUUCGUCCAGAGGUGGCCUGAAGCCCAAUCGACACUUGAACAUCAGGUGGACCGGUUAAAGCCACGGUUUCGCCAGUUCAUUCUCGAAGGUUGUAAAGCUCAACAACAAUCGGCUGAAGCCGGACUACGGAGCACGCCACUACGUGGGCGAAUGGCGGACGUGCAUGGAAGCCUGCGGAAAGGGCAGGCGGCGGCGACGCUCGCGCAGGACGAUGGCGCGCGCAAGUCUCUAACGUUCGACAAUGGCCUCCAACCCGGCACCCAAAUGUCCCACGCAGAUCAGGACGACACUCGAUCGACCAAUCGCCUCCAGGAGAUACGGAGGAGGAUGGGUGUUUUGGGUGCACGAGACGCUGUGGGGACGGAUGGUGGCAGGCCGCAACUGCUGAAGCAGCAGAACAGCAGCAGCAGCAGCAAGAGCUUUAGCAGCGGUACAACAGCUGGUCUCCAAGAACGCCUGCGCCGCGCUCAAUCGAAGCCUGCUCAAGGUCCCAAGUCUCCGGGAGCAGAGUCCUCUAGCGACUUCGCGCAGAGGUUCAGGAACAGAAAUGCUUAAAUCGUAUGACAAGAGUACAUAAGUGUGGUGUCGAUGUUCACAUUUGGUUUCUCAAUCUUCCACAAGGCACAGUAGUAUUCACAAGUGUUUCCGUUAGCUAACGUAAGCUGUGUUGAUGUCGUUUUCGUAGUACAGUGGGGAUCCCUCGGUAGCAUGAAUAUUAUAGUGCCGGAGCUGGCACUUCUGAUGGAAUCGUGGAGGCAGAUUCCAAAAAGGGAUAUACAUGUAGGUUAGAUAAAACCAGGUGCGAAAAGGGUGGUCAUGAAACAUGAAACAAAGUAGGUAUGAUGUCAUACGUUUCUGCUGUACCUGCUGCGAGAGCGCGCUGCUAUACACGCAUAUUGUUCUAAUAUUACUUGUAGUUCUGGGGUCUCCACCCGACAAGUUGUGUGUUUUCUGGCGUCUCACCUGGCGCUCUUGUUAGACGACUGUUCCGUCCAAAAUCCGAAACGGAAAGAACUCUCAAAUGUUCCUGCACAAUUCUGAUUUACCACAGUUUUUUUCAGUUAGCUUAGUUAUUAAUGGGGUUUUUGGAGGACGAGCUAAAUAGAAUGUGGCAACGGGAACACUAAGACACUUGCUGCACCCUCUUCCAAUCCGACAUUCCGUGCAAGCGAUAUAUUGGCGUGAAGCUGGC